GACCGCUUGAACUCAGCCGAGGUAUAAUUAGAAACGGUGGCCAGUUUGAGCCUAGUUGCUGAAUUAAUUGCCGUAUAUUAAAUAAUCGAAGGCUCAAUCUAACUGAAUUCGAGUCGAUUUCUGAAGAUUCCUUUGAAGCAAAGAGGCCACCAGUGUUAAUUGUACUAUGCCAACUAGAACUUCCUUAAUAAACCUAUCUAUGUGACCUUAUUUAAGAAGCAGGACUAAUCCAUUUAAAGAAAUGACAGGCUUAAUUGACAAUAAAGAUACAAUUCUUAGACUUGAAGAGCAAUGAGAUUGUUAAGAGAGGAAAAAAAGGCAAUAUCCUCUUGAACAUGUCCAAGGUUGCAUAAUAACUUUGAGAGAAUAGUUGUUUAGACAAUAACAAGAGCAAUUGAACAUAGAACAACACAAUGGCGUUGUUGAUAAAAGUUUGAAAUGGAAUAUGGAUGUUAUAAUUUUCAGAAGAGUGCUUUUGAGAAAAAAUGGUUUCAAAAAUUGGAAAGAAAUUCGAAACUUAAAUUUGGAAGUUUGGUGUCAAACCCAAGGAAAUAGCGAAUACUCAUAAUUGGGAGUAAUAUUGACACUAAAUUGAAAUUUGCUUGGAAUUAUGUCUGGGACAAUGCAAUAGACGACUCAAAUAGUCCACUGCAAAAAAAAGCUACGGGUGUUCUUUCCGUGUGACUGCGGAACAAUUGGAGGCGACCUUCGUCGUGUACAAACCACGGCUUCCUUGUGGGUGUAGGGAACGAGCUGAAUUGACCGCACUAAUUCCGGUGUGUCAAUUGGCCGAGAAAUUGUCUUUAAUUGAGGAGAGAGCUCGAGAGGACGGGAGAAGGCGUCCGAAGAGUGGGACCGAAUGGCUAUGCUUUGUCGCACCCCUCCGCCAAGCCCCGAUACCCGACAGUCGGCCGCCAGCCUCGCACUUGUACGCAAACGGAUUCUCGUACGGACUAACGAUGAGCACGGACAACAUAAAACAGCUACCUGACCAGGCGGAACAACUGAUCCUCCGGGACUCCCUCAAAUCGGCGUCUCCCGUCUUGAUAAAGAUCUUCGAGGUGGUGCUUUCGGCGCUAUGCCUUUCUCUCAUUUUCGUGCCGUUCGACAACAAAUUGCAGAUCAGCAUGCACAGGACUGCAGUGGUCGGCAUCGGCCUAUCACUGCCCCUGAUCACGAACGUCGUCCUCCUCUAUGGACACUUCCGGAGGGAGCCGUCGCCCAAAUCCACGAUUUACGCUUUCUCCUUUAUCUGCGGUAUCCUGCUGAUCGCCGCAGGUUCCGUCCUCAUGGCGGACUGGUGGACGUUCAUGCGGAGUCUUCACUUCCGCCCUCCCAAGAUGUUCAUGGACCUGAUGAUGUCCGCGUCGGUCUUCUCCUUUAUCCUGGGCCUCCUCUGCUUCCUCGAUGUCUAUCUCACAUACCUUUACUACUGAUGAGACUACGACCCGACCACUCCAUCGCGACUAGUUCAUUUUAAACUAACAGUACAAAUAUACCAAAGUGUUCUAUAUUGAUUAUUUUCUUUGAUUGUAUUAAUUAAAAAAUGAGGAUAUAUAUUUGACUGUACAACUGUUGGAAAAAGAGAAUUUAAAUUAUUGACAGUUAUAUUGUCUUUACACAACGAUUUUAUUAUUACCAUUAGUUAAAGCUUAUAUAUUAAAUAUGUACAAAAGCUUAUAUUUUUGUC